CGGAGGCUGAUCGCGCUCAUACCGGCUUCAAUUAAACUUCUUUUCCGCUUCUGCUUCUGGGUCUGCCUCAGCCUCGCACUUUGAGUGAUGAUGAGAAGGCGCCUAAUCAGCUCCGAGCAGAGUUGAGGGUCUCAUCAGAGGGUCCAAUCAGGAUUGUGCAUUUCUACAAAAGUUGUAUUGAAAAACCCGCUGCGCUUUCCGUCGUCUUUGGUGGGGAAUGUUCCAGCUGAACCCUGACAUGUGUGAGAACAUCUCAGAACAUCUCGUCUGGUGGUGCUGACCCACCCUCCCCGUUGCUAAGCCACCCCCCCUCCUCUAUAUGUCGUGCGUGCGCGUGGAUUUAGCAGGAGCGAGGACGAUGGAGACCUGCGACAGUGGUUCAGUUUAAUUUAUUUAUUUUUUUUAAAGAAAAGAGAAAAAAAACAGGUGGUUUCGCUCCAAAUCCUGAAUCCGGGUUCUCACAAUCAAUAACAACAGGCUGGCAGUCGAAGUGAGAGACAAACCUAACACAGCAGAGCACAGACAGCGCUGCAGUGCUAUUCUGAGAGAGUUAGCUGCCUCAACCCACGCACGGAAUCUGAGAGAAAGCGAGAGAAAGGCUGAAAGAAAGACGAAGGAGAGCGAGAGAGGAAAGGCGGACUGAAAAGAGCGGACCCCCCGUCCUGCAUACAAGAGGUCCCUCAAGUCAUUUUUGGCCCCAUCUCCCCCUUUCCCAAACACCCCCUCAAAAACUGCAGGAGCCUCCAUUCUCUGCCACGCAUCUUUCAUAAUUACAUAUCAUUAUAUUUUCUCCAGCGGGUGACGGAUCUGCCAGCACACAAUCACUUUCCCACAUUUACAUACUUCCCCACAAAAGUACUAUUCUUUAACCCCUCCCACCAGUGACAAAUAAGGGCUAAUUUUUCUCCCUUUUGAUUUUCUGGAAUUUUUAUUUUUCACAUGCGGAGACGCCAUUCAUCACACGUUUAAUUAGUCACCCCGUUUUAAAUGGCGCUAGCAAUUUGGGAGGCGAGCGCGGAAGAACGGCAGAAGUCGUCGCUGCGAAUGUCUCUCGCAGGCGGGGAGCCAUUUCCUCGGUUUGUGCUUACUCCUAAUUUCCAGCAGUAGCAUCCUCCUCCUUCUCCUCACACUUAAAAGCUUCCUCAUUAUCACCAACCAGCACCCCAUCACAGUUACAGCCAGUGCCAGGCCAGCGCGGAUACACCAAUCCAGAACUAAAAGUACAGCGUGUAUCUAUAGAUAUGCCCGAAGAUGAGUUAGUUCGGCGGGGGGUGUCUCCCUCGGGCUCCCCUUAAGUCAGUGAGUGAGUGAUGAGAUUUCCGACGAGUGCCUACUUUUUGAAUGUGCCGUCACGCACAGAAGAAAGCAGUUUAUAACGUUUACAUUUGAAUAUACGUGAAAAGAAAAAUUGCUGUUCAAGUGCCGCGAUAAGCAUAGGAAUGUAAAAGAAUGCCUCAUACCUUAAAUUGCUCUUUAGUCUAGAGUGAGACUAAAAGCAUUUGUACAAAAUUCAUGCACUGUAGAGGCAAAACCAUUAGUUGUAUUCACACAAAAAAAUUGUGUUCGCUUCUGACCUUUGUUUUUUUUACCGAAUUUCAUCUGGCCGGCUUAUCUGAAUGAAGCUGCUUUCACAUUGUGAAUCUUCUCCACCUCAUUAGUGGAAUCAGCUGGCGAGCUAAAAUCUGAACAACAAAAACGCCGUCCCACCGUCAUGUAAAAAUGACGCCCGCCGCCAAGCUCCGAAUCUUCGCCUUGCUUUUCUUCCUUGCCGCCCCAUACGCCUUUGGGGAAUAUGUCGCCCUGUCUUCCGCCCCUUCCCCCGAGCCCUCAGUCCAGCAGCUCAAUCCAAAACUGUCCGUCCUUUGGAGCAGACCCGCAGUUCCUGAGAAGGUUGAGGAAAAUCCCCCAGAUGGAGACCUGGAGGCACCCCCCAAGCCCUUGGCUCAAAAAAUGUUCCCCAAGAACGUGACGUCAUCGGAGGCCCUGGCCCCACCACUCGGCGCGGCCCAGGCACCUCCGCGCCUCACCGACAUGUGGAUAGACGCGUGCCAGGGUUAUUACGACGUGAUGGGUCAGUUCGACAACUCGUUCAACUGCACCUCAGAUACGUACAUCUACUGCUGCGGGACUUGCCACUUACGCUUCUGCUGCCCCGAUCGUAACCGGCAGCUAGAUCAAAACAGCUGCAAGAACUACGAUUCGCCCACGCCCAAGCCUGACCCCGCUAUUUUGAUCAUAGAAGACCCCGAUCCGGAAUUCGACCCCCUCAAGCAACAGAGCCAUAACACUGGCUUUGUCAUCGGAGGCGUGGUGGUGUUCAUGGUGGCCGUGGCUGUGGGCAUCAAGGUUGUUUUCAACAAAGUCCAGCAAGAGGCCAUCCAGAGGGACCUCAACAUGCCCAGGGCCUUAGUGGACAUGCUGCGACACCAGUCCGCUCCAGUACAGCAGGACGAGAGGAACAACAGCGUGGCUCUAACGGUGGCGGACGGUCAGGGGACACUGGGCCGAGCUCAGAAAAACCUCUACGCUCCAGGACUGCCGAGCAAAGACAACAGAUUGGGAAACCUACAACAUAAUUUUAUAAACACCUCAGGCUCCAGUCCUAAGCACACAGCAACUAUUGAACGCACCCCUCGGAUGAACAACGCACAACUGGCAGCGGGAGGCACCUUGCUCUCCAAUAAACACAACAACACCAAGUCGCAGCCUUCCUUCCACCACUCCCUCCACAACCUAGCCCAGCUGCCUCCCUCCUACGAAAGUGCCACUAAACCCGAACUCAAUAGAUACUCUUCACUUAAACGGCUCGAAAAAGGUCUCGACGAAUACUCGUCUGGUUACUGUACCACCAAGCGGCGGCCUCACACCGCCCAGCCGGCUCUCCAGUCAUCCCAGCACCACCUUCACUGGGGUGGCGACUACACACUAAGUGGUAGAGGAACACUUCCCAGGCACGCGGCCCGACCCUGGAUUCCGCCACCCCCCUCCGGCAUGCCUGCCUCACCAACUCCCAAUCCUUACCCCCUGGAUCCACCGGAGCCCCAGUACAACCCUAACUACGACACUCUCUCCAAACCCAGAAAAGUCAAGUCUAGUGACCAGCUGCUCAACAUGGGUGACGUCCCUGGUAACACAGGGACCCUGUCGCGUCUUUCCAAGAACCAGCAGCACCAGUACUACAAAGCAAUGGCUGCCUCCAAUAAGAACUCCAACACGCAGACCCUCACCCGCAAGACCCAGGACAGGCAAGACAGGCAAGAUAGGCAAGACAGGCAAGACAGGCAUGACAGAUCAGACAGACAGGACCGGAUGCUCAUGUCCCCAGACCACUUGGAAGAGAGAAUGGGCGGUAUGGGGGUCAUGGAUCCGUACUCCCACCCAGGUGGGGGCGUCCCUACACUCCCUCGCCAGCAGAAAGCCCAGUCCCAGCAGAACGUGUGCGCCACUCCCUCCCUGGAUCGGCACCACAUGAUCAAGAUGAACUCUCACCCAACGUCCGGAAGAGAGCAGGAGAGGAACCCGGGAAUGACCGGCCAUAUUAGCGGGGGCAUGGGCUGGGCGGGGGAGAUGCCAGCGGCGGGUGUCGUCAUGGGAACGGGAACCUUAGGGGGCCACAACGCCCGCAGGAUGGCUUUCGCGUCUAAACGGCAGAACACCAUAGAGCAGCUGCAUUUUAUCCCGGGAGGGGGCGGUGGCGGUGGUAGUGCCGGGUCAGGGGGGAGCAGCGGCAGUCAGGGGAUUAGAACGGGGAGCAAAAAUGAGGUUACGGUGUAAAGAGGCAUUGUGCCUAUCGUACAGCUUGCCCAACGCCGCGGGACUAAAGCGCCUGUUUGCAUUUAAACUCGUAGAUUCUUAGCUGCCAGAAAUAUAAUAUUAUUGUUGUAACGGUAUUAUACACUACUCACAAAAACUGAAGAUUUUUUGGGGGUGAAACUUUAGGUUGUGCUCUCUUGCCUGAAAUUAGGCUACGUUCACACCAUAUAUUUAUGUGUAGAUGUUCACAUUGCAAAAACAAAUGUGACUCAUAGGUGAAUGACUCAACACACAACACAUUGUCACGUCGUAGUGUUUAAAGCAACACUUUUCAACCUUUAUAAAAUAUUUUCAUAACAUUUGUGAUGAUAAGUCGACUGACAACUAGUUGAAUGACGCCUCUUCUAUAUCUUGAAGGGGGUCUGUAUCGCUUUCACCUGCACUAAUUAACUUGGAGGAGGGUGGCAGGCAUAGGCGGAGUUUGACUUUUGGGGCAGGGUGGGCACAAUAUGUUGAUGACACCGAAAUGCAGUGUCGGCAAUAAAAUUAACUAACAAGAAUAUUUAUAAUAAUAAGUUGAAAAUGAACAUUUUUGGUUUCCCAUCAUUCAUGAGGGGGAUUCUAAAAUCAGGUUGCUUAGGGUAUACUUUUCGCCAAGAUCGUCAUCCAUUGAAUAUGGUAUGCCCACCGGUGUCGUGCCAAUGUAGUUACCCCAGUCUGGGUGGAGCCACUGCACUGCACUGAUUUGCUUGAUUUCCGUGUUGUGGUGAUGUAGUUAUCUACGUAGUUAUCUACGGGGUUUUAAAACAUGGCACAGCCAUCAAAAAAAACCUUUUUUUUUCUGUCGUAUACCUUAACAUACGUACUGAACGUUAAAAAAUAUAUAACUGUGGUUCUUUUCUGACUUCAAUUAAUUGUUUAAGUCGACAACCCUCAUACCUAAUGUGUGUGUGCGCGCUCCCGCGGCCAGGGGACACAAUUUUUGACGGGGGUAACUACAUUGACAAGACACCGGUGGUAGCUGUACAAUUAGCGUCUUUAGUGGGGCAAAUUGAAACACUGCUCACCAUUUUGGAUGGUGGUGUCUAGCGUUUCAUGGUCCACAUUUUCAAUCCUUGGUUCUUGCUAAGUAGUUGUCGCUUUUGAAAGCUUAGGUUUAAAAAAAAAAAUAGCCUAUCCUUCUUGCCUUUUCGGUCCUCGGGUGGUUUGGCUAAGCAUACAAAUAACCACAUAAGGUGCUAGUCACAUAAUCUGUUCGAAAAAUAAUUGUGACCCAUUGUAAAAAUUGUUUUUUUUUUGUUCAUUUCAUUCAUUUUUUAAAUUUAUUUUAUUUUACUGCUUUACAACUUUUAUGGUCAAUAUUUUACCGGAAAAUUCUUAAUUUUAAAAUCAUAUAUUGUAUAGGAAAGUCAAUUACAUGCAAUGACACUUUUCGGCCACCAGAAAAUCCGCUUAUGGUGGCAGGAACCUUGCCAGACAACAAAAAACUACAAAUGUGCUGACUGCUUUAUGGCAUAUGUCACUUCCCCCUUUAUUAUAAGGACGGAAGCCGAUGCGAACACUUUUGCACAAAUUCUGCAAGAUGUCAGAUGGCAGCGCAACAAAAAAGACAAAACGUUUUGGAAAAUAAAAGGGAGGCUACCAGGAUAUACAGAAUAAACUUUGGCCCGGCUUUCACUUGCUGGCAUGAUACCCCCCCCAACCGAACUCGUCAGGUUAGCCACACUAAGCCACAUGGUUGCUAACCGUCAUAUGCUAUUGGCUAGCCACAAAUGGAUUCAUUACCUUAUUACUAUUCAGCCUUCACACAGCCGCUGGAGACAUAAAUCCAUGGAGACAUUGAAUCCAUCUGCAGGCGACCGGGAGAUUGAUUUUUCAUUAAUGGAUUGAUUGAUGAUUUUAUGACACUGCGCGGGUAUGCGCUGGUCCUCAUGGGAAAAGCCGUCUUCCUUAAGGCAAAACACUACUGCUUUUGUCCACCGGCAUUGCUAAAAUCAAACAAAACGUAAAAGUUACCAAGUGUGGCUUUAAGGAAUUAAACACAGUCCAACGUUGUCAAGCUUUCUUGGCAAUUGUGAAGAUUUUGUGCUAACAGACCCAACGUUUUAGGAAUAUUUUCGUAUCAAGUACAAAAAAAGGUUUUCACCUGUUGAGGACGUAUAGGUCACAUGCAUACAGAUCGUGCUCAUACUGCAUUGGUGGGUAUAUCAGAUUUUUUUAUCCACAUAGGGAUGAGCCCAGGUUGGGUUUGAAAAAAUCAGAAUUUAAGUGUUUACACUGCAUGAAAAAAAUCAAAUAACAUCAUUCGUCAUAUACGGGGGAAAAAAUCAGAUUUGACCUUUAAUGUGAAUUUAGCCUUAGCAUGACCUUUCUCUUUAGAUGUACAUCCAACUGAUCAAUGUUUCAGUACUCUUUUCAUAACUUGGACCUAAACGGCAAAAUUGAUAUCAAUUGAUUGCUUUCUUGUGAUUGAAUGUAUUAAUUCCAAUUGAAUUACAUAUAAUGGCAAAUAAAUGAAACUCCGUUUUUAUGUUCCCUGGCAUUUCAAAGCUGCUACUGACGUAAAACAUUCGCAGCUAAUCACAGAGGUACCUGACAUCCAUUUUAAAUUGUACACACUAACAUCUUACUGUACUGAAACAUAAACUCAUUGGCUGUCAUUGACGGUGAAUGAUCGCUGCCAUCCUCCAACAGAUUGGAUGUCUAACACUGUCAAUGGCAGUUAAACUGGAUUAUUCACUUCCAGCCCUCCAAGUUCAAUUGGCUUGGACAUCUAUCAAUUUAAUUUAGUUGGUGAGAGAGCAUUUUUUAAUUCAUUCUGAAAUUUCACCUAAAAUAAAAAAUCUUUACCAUUUUGUGAGCUGUGUAUUUAAGCAAUUCUAAUUAGUGUUGUAGUAAAACAUGCUAAAUACGACCACUUCUUAGAAUAGUUAGGCGAGCUGCAGUUGUGUGAUAACAUACAUCAGCCAUAUUUUGUAAGUGAAUUUGCCAUCUUUGCCAUAUACACAGCAGUGCCAUUACUUGCACAGAACAGUAGGGUAAAACAAAGCAGUACAGUAGACCGUUUAAAAAAAAAAGCACUCAGGAGCCAUAUUAGAUAAGAGAUAUGAUGUAUAUAAAAGGACUGAAGAAGAAUGAUGAGAAGAGGACAAAGUACGAAAGAGAAUUUAUUAACAGAAUGAAGCAGACUACCUGCUUGGCCAACCCUCGCCUACAACGAUUUAUAACCGAGACGAUUCUCGUGGGUGAGCGGCAAGACACCGGUCUGACCUCGCCACAGGGAGAAACUGACUCGCACUGCUUCCCGUCUGUGAGAGUGACUGUUCUCGGACUUUCUGGGAUGACGGCUGGGAUGACGCCGCAGGCAUUCAAACUGUGAACCGACACCCAUCAGUCCCAAUGCCCGGGUUGCCUCGUUUGCCAUGUGACCUUAGCUUAGACAAGGAAGUCUCACCGGUCCAAAAGUGUGGAGACGAGAAUGACGACAGCAUCCCGUUGUUUUAAAUCAGGAUCUGACUGCAAAAACAAAUGGGCUACCAAAUAACCAAGAGCCAUGAUUUCAGUGCGUAUACAAAGUUUACACAUGCCUGUUCAAAUGCUGGGUUUUUGGGAUAAAAUUUGAAUGUCAUGGGAAAAAAAUUAAGUUUUCCGUGAUAUUCUAGUUUUUGGGAAGGAGUGAAUGGAAAUAAAUCAACUUUUACAUGCUAUUCCAUUUUUUUAAAAUUCAAAUAUUUUGGAAAGGGUCUGUUAUACCAAAACGUUUUCCAUAGUAUUUUAGUUUUUUAGAAAUUAUAUAUUUUUGGAAAAGGUCUGUAUAUUUUUAGGAAGGGUAAUAAAGGGUCUAAUAUGUUUUAAUAAUGGAAAUAGAUGAAUAUUUCCAUUAAAACUUUUUUUUUUUUGUAAAAUAAUUGAGAAAACUGUGGAAAAGUUUAUUUAUUUUCUUAAUUUAAAAAAAGUUUCCAUGAUGAUCAUUAUUCAAAUUUUAAAAAGUCUGUCUAAAUAAUUAAAUUAAAAAAAAAAAAAAAAAAAAAAAAAAAAAAAAAAAAGAAAAUUAUGGAAACAUUUUAUUAUGGAAAUAAAAUACAUUUUCCAUAAUAUUCAAAUAAUUUUGAAAUUCAUUUUUUUUGGAAAGGGUCUAUACAAAUACAUUUUCCACAAUAUUCAAAUCAUUUUGAAAUUCAAUUUUUUUCUGGAAAGAGUCUAUACUACUGUCUAUAAAAGUAAGAUAAGCCAAGGCAAGGGAAAUUUACUUAUAUGGCACAAUUUAAAGGUACAGUAAAUUAAUGUGCUUUACAUAUAAACACUAAUAUAAAUAAUUUAAACUAUUUUUUUAUUUUUGCAGCAGCAGUGAAUGAUUAUGUUUAUGUGUCCUCAUUGAUGAAAGAUGUCUAUCCCAGUCAUGGCAGUGAAUGAGUUAAAAGAGACAAGAUAAUUAUCAUAUAAUUGUUAAAUGCGAUUGGAAUUUUAAAGUGCCUCUGAUUAACUCAUUGGCUGCCAAUGACGGUGAAAGACGUCCAACUCAUUUGAAACGGUGACAAACAAAUUUAAGUUCACCCCCGUAAAAAAGGAAGGAAAAGGCCACAUGUGGCUCUGGAGCCGCAUUUAUCAUCGUCAAUGGAACUAAAAGAGUUAACCCCAAUUAAACUCCGAUUUUACAAUAGGCUUCUUUUUAAAAAAAACAACCCUUGCUCUCAUUUUCUUUAUAAUGGCAAAACCCUGCAUUUGAACAGGGGUGUGUAAACUUUUCACAUGCACUAUACUUAAGAAUCGUCAACUUGCUUUAAUGUAACCGAAGAUUAUGUUUUUCUUUCGUUUUUGUAUCGAUUUAAACAGAGCACAAAUAGACCAUGUCGCAGAGGUUGCACGUACCCAACAUGUCCUUCAAAGCCAUUUUUGUGGAGAUACAAAGAAAACAAAACCACAGAGGAAGCUGGUCAGACAAUCACCAUUUUAAACGCGUUUCGCCAAUUCCAAACGAGCGAGCGAUUUUCUGUACAGGCACGGAAGACUCGGGACGGCCAGGAUGCCCUUUUCCAAACAUCUUCCCUCGCUGUAUCAUAAUGCACUUCAGCCAGACGGAGGGUUCCAACACAAAGAAGAAAAAUAACCCCAAUAAACAUCAAUAACAACGCUUAUCAAUAUUAAGGGCUAUCCUAUCCUUAUACACUGUAGUAUGUGAUAUCUGUGGUCCAUAUAAGAUGCUAUCUCUUGAUUUUGUGUUGAUAUUGUCAUUGCGUAUUGAGUAUUCAUGACAGAAAAAAAUGAGCAAUUGGAGCGCAGUUCAAAGAAUCACAUAACAAGACUGAAAUUUGCACAAAUAGCCGGGCCCUUGUCUUUUUUUUUCUCUCUCUCCGUUUUUUAACGAAAAAGGGAAUUCAAGCGCUCGCUUUUCUCUCACGAAAGGACAUAGAUUUCAUCCGAACAAUCUUCCUAUACGCAGUGCUAAAUGUAGUUGUUAUGAAUAUGAUGGAGUGUUCUUAUUGAUGAUUAUUAUAAUUGUUAUCGUUAUUAUCAACAAUUAUCUUCUGAUGUGAUGUUCAUUUACUUGGUGGGGUUUUAGUGUUUGUUUUCGGAUCAAUUUUGGCAUCCGCAUUAUGUUUUUUUUUUUUUUUUUUGUGUUCCUUACAUGCGGGGUCUUUGAUGCAUGCCUGGAUCUGUUCUACAACAAAGCAUUUACAGUACGUCUGGACUUUAUGGUCUUUUUAUUGUUUCUAGUUGUACGUACUGUGCCUAUAGACAUUGGCCUUAUGGCGUAUUGAUCUCAUAAGAUUUCUUGGGUUGACAUAAGAGAUUGAAAAAGAGUAUAGUCAAGUGGUUUGGAACGGGGUUUUUAAGAAUACCAAGAGAUUCUACACUGUAAAAAAAAAAAAAGUUGGCAGAACUUGAAAUUUCAAGUCAACUAAUUUUAGGUUUUGCAACAAAGGUAAAAACUCAACAUUUUAAGUAAACUGGAUUUCGGUUGAGAAGUUGGAACUCAAUAUUUUAAGUAACUGGACUUCACGUUAAAGGUGCUAUAUGGAGUUAGUCACAUUUUUACUUGCGACUGCCAUCUGUGGCUUAAAGCAUAACUACAGCCUGCCUCAAGCUCAUGCAUGGGGCACAAGCCUUUCGCCUAUCAAAUCAGCACCAGAAAAGUGUGUUAGAAAAGUGUUUUUGCCAAGCGGUUACAAGGCGGAAGCUUGGUGAAACAGCGCUGCUGCCACAGCAUAGGUGGAUGUGCACAGCCAUGUGUUCGCCCAGAGUGGUCGAAUCAAACCCUCUCUAUUGAAAGAAAAAUAUAGAGCUUAUUGUGGCAGUCUCAGUUAAAAUGUUAGGGCUUUGUGUACUCAUCUGUUAACACUAAAAAUUCUGUAUAGUACCUUUAUGUACAGUGAUCCCUCGCUACUUCGUGCCCUCAGUCCAUUGCAGAUUUUUUUUCAAUUAAAGAAAAAAAAUACAGAUGAACUGUCCCAAGCCAAUCGAUAGUCUCACGCUCCCUCCCUCCCUCCCUCCCUCCCUCCCUCUCCCUGCUCUUUGUUUGUCAGAGAGUGAACUGGAGUUGCUAAUUUAAAAAAAAAAAAAUUUGUUGAAUUUUUGUGUGUGCUAAUCAACGAUUGGCCACAUUUAUUUACAUGUUAAGAAACAACAACAAAACAUAGAAAACAACAGCUGCUUCAGCGAGCAUUAAAAACAACCAAUCUAUUUGUCCUCUUCUUAUACAUGAUCCUGUAUGUAGUUGCUUAUUAAAGUAAACGAUGAUUGACAGAUGGUUAAACCCUAACCUAACCCUAAACCCUAACCCAGAGACUCGACCUUCAAAGGGCCGCAUGCGUCGUUUAACUUAAACAAUUGCUGUGGCAACGCAUUGUGUUUAAGUAAGCAGCUGGCGCGGAUUUGAGUGGACACUCAAUGAAGCAUUUAAUAAAGACAAGCAUUUUUUUUUUUUUUUUUUUAACUUUUCUUAAAUGGAUUGGGCAUGUACUUUUUCUUGUUUCAAAAUAAUUCUGUGGGAUAUGUUUGAAACAUCAUAAUUAUUACAUUUAAAGUGCUUCAAAACCCUUUAUUAAAAAAAUAACGUUUUAUAUAUAUGGCGGAAAACACUCAGGUGACUUGAAGUUCCGCUCUGAGACCCCCAAUUUUGCCAAAUUUCAAAAUUGUCCUAUGUGUGAUACAUCAUUGGAAAGCUUAAAAUCUGGGGGAAGAAAAAUUUUGAAGAGCAGGGCAUUUAAAAAAAAAAAAAAAGUUUUUUAAACCGCAAAAU